UUCACACGGGCCGAGGCCGCCAGCUGCCACCAGCACCGGCCACUCGCCGGGGGGUCACCCACCCCGGACCCCCGCCACGGAGGAGGAUGGCAGCCGGCGGCGAGAAACGGCACUUGCUGAGCGAGGGCGGAGGCGGGUCCUACCUGGGGGCUGUGCAAAAGAACGGGCGCAACUCAGUGCAGGGAGAGGCAGCGCUGGAGCUGGGGGCCCGGCGUGGCCAGCACUGCCACGCGCGGGGGGCCACUGGCCACCCUGGCCAGCAGCAGCGGGCACGCAGGAAGCUCUACCUGGCCGCUGGCAUCUGCCUCGUCUUCAUGGUGGGGGAAGCUGUGGGCGGGUACCUGGCGCACAGCCUGGCCAUCCUGACAGACGCAGCCCACCUCCUGACGGACUUCGCCAGCAUCAUGAUCAGCCUCUUCGCCCUCUGGGUGUCCUCGCGCCCCCCCACCAAAACCAUGAACUUCGGCUGGCACCGGGCAGAGAUCCUGGGGGCCCUGCUCUCCGUGCUCUCCAUCUGGGUGGUGACGGGUGUCCUGGUCUAUCUGGCGGCCCAGCGCCUGCUCUCGGCCGACUACGACAUCGAGGGCGACGUCAUGCUCAUCACCUCCGCCUGCGCCGUGGCCGUCAACAUCGUGAUGGGGGUGGCUCUGCACCAGACGGGGCACGGGCACAGCCACGGGGCAGCCGGCGAGCAGCCCAACGCCAGCGUCCGCGCUGCCUUCGUCCACGUCGUGGGGGACCUGCUGCAGAGCGUCGGCGUCCUCAUCGCGUCCUACAUCAUCUUCUUUAAGCCCGAGUACAAGUACGUGGAUCCCAUCUGCACCUUCCUCUUCUCCGCGCUGGUGCUGGGGACGACACUGACCAUCCUCCGCGACGUCCUCCUCGUCCUCAUGGAGGGUACCCCCAAAGGGAUGGACUUCAACGCCGUGCGGGAGACGCUGCUGGCGGUGGGGGGGGUGGAGGCCGUGCACAGCCUCCACAUCUGGGCGCUGACGGCGGCGCAGCCACUGCUCUCGGUGCACAUCGCCAUCAACGCGGGGGCCAGCGCGCAGGAGGUGCUGGAAGAGGCCAGCUCCCGGCUGCAGGGCACCUUCCGCUUCCACACCACCACCAUCCAGGUGGAGAGCUACUCCGAGGAGAUGCGGGACUGCCGGGAGUGCCAGCCCCCCCGUGACUGAGCUCCCCCCGCCCCUCCACCUCCGGCAGCCCCCUCAUGUCCUGAAAGGAACUAUUCAUGCGUGGAAAAUAAAGCAGAGCAAAGGGCUGGGUGCGCGCAGGGCGGGGAUGCUGGGUCUGGCGACGCCGGGUGUUAUCUCGGGUGUCUGCAAAGGCAGCAAGGACGGACCCACGGCUGCAGCGGCCGGAGGAGAGCAGCUGUUGGAGGCCAGCUGUCUUAAUUUUCCCUAUUUCUAUUCACCUGGGGGGAAAGGCAGCUGAAAUGAGCCUUUUUGCCUUCUUCGGGGAGCGCUGCGAGGCAAUGGGGUGCUGGGGUGCCUGGGGGCUGCAGGGGGCCCCAUCCCAGCCAAGGGGAGGGAGGGCAUGCUCGCUUCG